CAUUACUUUCGGUUUCAUCCGCGCUGAUAAAAUCAAGUGAAAUCAUGAAGUUAAGAGAAAUGAGCUUUUAACCAAACAUGGAGGAGGAGAGGUGCUGAAGGUGCUGUACCCCUGCUAUCAGCCGGGGCAGGCUUUCAUCACGUUUGAGGAGCCUGAGGGUAAGUCAUGUUGCUGCUCGAGUCUUGCGAAAGGGCUCCCAUGUGUUAGAGGUGAAUGGUCAAAAAUAUCAUCUGACAGUGAAAGCACCUGAGCAUCUUGAGAUGGAUUUACCAGUGGAGGCAACAGUACAUUUGAAUAUUUUCCACAAUAAGGCAGAGGUACGAGAAAUCCUCAGGUCAAAUGGCUUUGCGUUGACAGAUCUUAGCAGCGAUCAGGUGCGUGUCAAGGGGUCAUUUCUGAAACUUAAGACUGCGAAGGCGUCUUUGGAGCAGCUUCUUCAAUCACAAACUAAGAUGGGCAUCACGCCGGUCCCAAAGGCUUCAUCUGGAGCCCUUUCCAAAUACUACACCAGCAACAGCUCAGUGACACAUGGUAACAGAAGCCAGUUAGGAUUCCGAGAAAUGCCUCCGCAGGCUUCUCCAUCUUCACCCACCACCUCCUCAUCCUGGGCGUCUGGCUCUUCCAAAAAGCUUCCAACCUCUCCAGAGUACAGAGCUUCGUUUUCUCCAAGGCCAGACCAGCGUGGCUCAUUCAGAGCUGGAAUGGAGUCCUUUAUCGUUGAUGCAGAUGUGUUUAGGUAUGCAGACCGGCUCAGGAAAAAAGACAUUGAAGGCAUCCUAAACAGCCAUAAUGUUAGAAUGGAAAAGCAUGAAGUUGGUGAUAGCUUCAAGAUCACUUUACUGGGGAAGAGUGUGAGAAUAGCUGUCGGAAAACUACAGAGCCUCCUGAAUGAUCUCAACAAAUCACUGCGCACACAGGAAGUUCCUCUGAAGGACAUGGAUCGUGAAGGCCGGGCUCUUUUAGAAAGAAUUCGCAACAACAGAAACAUUUACAAUUUAGUGCUCGUAUGUCCGAUGAAUGACAAACUUCACCUGAUAGGACCGUCUGGCGAGAGCUACGAGUUAAAGCUGAGGCUGUUGGGGAGGUCGGUUGACCAGUCAGGACGUACAGGCAGGACACCCUCCAGGAGGAGGAGCAGCUCUCUUCCACCAAUCAGACGCAGGAACACAGACAGAGAUAGCGGUGCCAUCGCUUAUCCAUCUCCUGUGGCAGCUGCAGAUUACUCUCCGUCAAAGUACCGGGACGAUAAACAGGAAGGUGCUGAGCCCGAGCGGGGAGCUACUGCUAGGUUUGGUCCAAGUGGAGCUUUGAGGGGAAGAAGCCACUCUGAGUCUCGCGGAAAAACACGGGCAGAAAACGUUAAUGUGCAAGAGGUGGUAACCAAACCUCCUAAAUCACCCAAAGCCUUAAUGCAAUUUAUAUCAAAAGAUAUAAAGAAAAAAUUUAAAUCUAUGAGAAAAUGAAAAAUGAGCAUCGGUUAUGUUCAUGAAGGUAGACAGACAGCACUGAAACAUUUUUUUUUUUACACUCUUAGUACUGUUUCUUUACCAUGUUAUAUGUGUUAUUUGUCUAAUUGAAUAACAGAUUUGAGUAUUCAUUGACAUGGUGUUACAGCCUGAUUGAUACUGGAUUUAUCGGGCCAAUGGCAUUACCAAAAUUUGGGCUCUAAAGUGAAAAGUUUAAAGGAAUUACAGUUUGCUGCGUUCCUGCCUAUAGUUAUGAGAUAUGAUUAAUACCACGCAUAUCUGUACAGUAAAUAUGAAGCUAUUGUCAGCAGCUGGUUAGGUUAGAAUAUAUUCUAUCUUAUUAACCAAAAUACCCUGUGUCUAUGCUGAGUUACAAUUAGCCGAUAAUAUCAGCUAAAUAUCCAUUGUUGAAGUGUAAAAUUAAAAUUGAACCGUCAGAUUGAUGAAUUUUGUUAUGUGGUUCAAUAUACUGAUUAAGACUGACACUGUAUUCUUAAUAUUCAUCAUACUCAAACAAUAGUAACCUCUGUGUAAUAUUAACUUAUUAAAGUUCUUUACGUUAUUUACAGGUUUGGCUGACAUCUCUCGCACAAUUGUGUUUCAUUGCUUGCACUGUAAAUGUUGGUGAUAAACUGAAUGACUAAAAUGUACUUUUUACCGGUAGUGUAAAUGGUAAAAACAGAAGAAUAAUACGGCAAUGUAUCAAACAAAUAAUGGGCAUUAAAAAACACUAACAUUAACAAUAAAGUACAGUAGUACGGAUGGAAGGAUCUUUGGGUCGUAAUUAAAUGUGAAAAUAAGAUUUAUGUUUAAUAUAUGUGAGUUUGUGCUCUACCAUAGUUACAGUGUGCAUCUGGGGCAGGUGUCAGUGUGUUUUUCUGUUAAUGUUUGUUACUGUAACACCUGAACGCAACAUCUAGAUGGAGACGUGAGAGGAAGCGUGAGCGGGAAGUGAAACAGUCUCUGACAGUCAUGCUGAGAGAGGAAGUACUAAUGGCUGAGGAGGAUCUAACAGUGUGUUUGGUGAAUUCAGACAGGGAUGGCAGAGCUGGAGGGCCUGGAGUUUGGGAAGUCAGACUUUGUGCUGCUGGAUGAGGUGACGAUGGAGCAGUUUAUGGAGAAUCUGAAGUUGAGGUUUGAGAAGGGCCGUAUCUACACCUACAUUGGAGAAGUAGUCGUCUCUGUUAAUCCGUACAGACAGAUGGACAUUUACGGCAAAGAUACCGUUGAUGCGUACAGGGGCCGGGAGCUGUACGAAAACCCUCCUCACUUGUACGCAGUGUCUGAUGCUGCCUAUAAGGCCAUGAAGAGACGGGCCAAAGAUACCUGCAUCGUCAUAUCAGGUGAAAGUGGGGCAGGAAAAACAGAAGCUAGUAAAUACAUCAUGCAGUACAUUGCGGCCAUCACGAACCCAGGCCAGAGGGCCGAGGUUGAGAGUGUGAAGAAUGUCCUGCUCAAAUCCAACUGUGUGCUGGAGGCCUUUGGGAACGCCAAGACAAAUCGCAACGACAACUCUAGCCGCUUCGGCAAGUACAUGGACAUCAACUUCAACUUCAAUGGGGAACCUACCGGAGGACACAUCAACAACUACCUGCUGGAGAAGUCCAGGGUGGUCCAGCAGCAAGACGGGGAGAGAAACUUCCACUCAUUCUACCAGUUACUCCGUGGAGGCACAGAUGAGAUGCUGGAGUCAUUUCAUCUGCAGAAUGAUCCUGCUGUUUAUAUUUAUACCAGAGAGGGAGCUGCAACUGUUACCUCCAACAAUGAUCGUUCGAGCCACAAAGCAGUGAUGAGUGCCCUGGGAGUGAUUGGCUUCUCAACAGAGGAGAUUAACUCUAUUUAUCAGAUCCUGGCCUCCAUUCUUCUGUUGGGAAACGUGCAGUUUGAGACUGAUGGUGAGAGCGUUCAGAUCCUGGGACUCGAAGCUAUUGACCACAUCGCUGAGCUGACAGCCACAGAGGCGGACAGUGUCACCAAGAGCCUGCUGUUCCGCACUGUGGCCACCGGUGGCGGCGAGGUCAUCGAGAAGGGACACACGGAGCAGGACGCCUGCUUUGGGCGAGAUGCUUUCGCCAAGGCUCUUUAUGAGAGACUUUUCGGCUGGAUUGUAAACCGCAUCAACAGCGUCAUUGAAGUUAAAGACUACAACCCAGUGCUUCAUGGGAAAAACACAGUCAUCGGCGUGCUGGAUAUCUACGGCUUUGAGAUCUUUGAAAACAACAGUUUUGAACAGUUCUGCAUCAACUACUGCAACGAGAAGCUGCAGCAGCUCUUCAUCGAGCUGAUCCUCAGACAGGAACAAGGUGAAUACCAGAGAGAGGGCAUCACCUGGCAACAUAUUGAUUACUUCAACAACCAGAUCAUUGUGGACCUUGUGGAGCAGCCCCACAAAGGCAUCAUCUCCAUUUUGGACGAAGCUUGCCUCACUGUUGGUAAAGUCACCGACACGGUCUGCCUGGAGAGCAUGGACACCAAACUGGCCCAGCACCCCCACUACACAUCCCGCAAGCUCAGCCCCACAGACAAAACCAUGGACUUUCAGAAACACUUCCGUAUUCGCCACUAUGCUGGAGACGUCACAUAUUCCGUCGAGGGCUUUUUGGACAAAAACAAGGACCUGCUUUUCCAAGAUUUCAAGCGUCUCAUGUACAACAGUGCCGACCCAGUCCUGAAGGAGAUGUGGCCAGAUGGUCAGCUGAGCAUCACAGAAGUCACCAAGCGACCACUGACCGCGGCCACCCUCUUCAAGAACUCCAUUGUAGCCUUGGUGGAUAAACUGGGCUGCAAGGAGCCUUACUAUGUGCGGUGCAUAAAGCCCAACGAGAUGAAGUCUCCUGUGUUGUUUGACGACGCUCGCUGCCAGCACCAGGUGGCCUACCUCGGCUUGAUGGAGAAUGUGAUGGUGCGCAGAGCGGGCUUUGCCUACAGGCAGCAUUACGCCCGCGUCCUGCAGCGGUAUAAAAUGACGUGCGAGUAUACCUGGCCAAACCACCUGAUGGCCUCGGACAGAGAGGCCGUGGAGGCCAUCGUCACCCAGCAUGGUUUCCAGGACGAUGUGGCGUACGGACACACCAAGCUGUUUGUCAGAACGCCGCGGUCUCUAUAUACUCUGGAGCAGGAGAGAGCCGCCCUCAUCCCUAUCCUGGUUCUUUUCCUGCAGAAGGUGUGGCGUGGGGCUUUGGCUCGUAUGAGGUGCCGGCGGAUGAGGGCCAUCUACGCCAUCAUGGGCUGCUAUAAGCGCUACAAGGUGAAGGCCCACUUCUGGGAGGUGGAGAGGAGGUUCGCUAAUGUGCGAACCAUGGCCGACUUUGGAAAGAGCGUGGAGUGGCCGAGCCCGCCUGCAGCUCUGUCCAAGUUUCACAAGAACACAGUCAUGCUGCAUCGCAGGUGGUGGGCGAGGCAGAUCGUGAAGAACAUCCCUCCGUCUGACAUGCUGGAGGUUCGGGCCAAAGUGGCAGCUCUGACUGCUCUGAGCGGAGAGAGGAAAGACUGGGGAGUCAGCAGAGCCUGGGAGAGGGACUACCUGGCCAAUGUGCGAGACUGCCCUCAGACCAGCUCCAGCUUCAUCCGUGUUUCCAAGGACCUGAGGAACAAAGACAUGUACAGUCAGGUCCUCUUCUCUGGCUUCUGUAGAAAGGUGAAUAGAUUCAACAAAAGCACAGACCGAGGACUGCUCAUCACAGACAAGUGUGUCUACAAAUUAGAGCCAAAUAAACAGUACAAGGUUUUGAAGAGGCUUCCCUUAGACAUUUUCACGGGACUGAGUGUGACCAGCGAGGUUGACCAGAUGGUGGCGCUACACACGUCCUCCCAGGAUGAUGUCCUGCUGUGUUUGCAGCGAGGGGAGCUGUGCACCAACCAGGACCGAGUGGGGGAGCUGGUGGGAUCGUUGGUGGACCACUUCACACGUAUAAGAAAAGUCCACUUUCCGGUGAAGGUUUGCCCUUCGGCCGUGCAGGUUCACAUGCGUGGAAAACUAAAGAGUGUCACCGUAGAAACCAGGCCGGGCCAGACCAAUGCAGAUUUCAAGAAGAGCCGAGAUGGUUUCGUCCUGCUCGUCCCCGCUAACUAACAGUCCGCCCGACAACACCAAACAACAGCAACAACAGGACCUCGACUAGACCACUGCAGCUCUGGGUUUGGGGAACUGGUCGCUCAAACUUUGCCUUGAAAAGCAACCAUUUACUAGCAAAGAUUGUUUAAAUAUUUUAAGUAUUAAGUGUUAACCCAGAGCAAUGGCUGCUUUCUUAGUUCUGAGCUGCAGGAGGACAAUGUUCCCUCGCCAAGUGUUGAAAUGUUAAAUAGAGAGCCCGAAGUUCCGCCCCUUCCGGUGGCCAUCAUGGGACCUUAACUCGGAAAAAAUAUGAACGGUAGUGAACGGGGAGAGGCAAAUUAUUUUUUAGUUUUGUUAUGAAAAAUAUUCAAAUGUAUGUAAAAAUAGAAAUAGUAACAUAACUAGUUGUGUGUGUUUAAUGUGUUUUCUCUUCUAAGGAUCAAACAAUUAGGAAGAUUUGGAACAUAGAUGGUUGCUAUGGUAACAACCGGCAGACUCUCCGGGCUGCCUUCAGCAGCUAAUGUUAGCUAGCUGGCUUUUUAGACAAUGUACCAUGGAUGUGUUAAGCAAUGCACUGUUAAAAGUUACCGCGACAACAAUGGCUUCUCUUUAAAUUGGUAUGGACAGUUUUCGUGGCUGGAAUCCAGUGUAAAUAAGGACGCGUUUUUCUGCAGCAUGUGCAGACAUUUCCCCAGCGGAGCUGACAGCCCAUCAGCGUGAGAGGAGGCCCUCACCGAGGUAACAUUAAGUAAAGCGUGUUUCAUGCUUCUUGCGUUAUUAUUUAAGUAACCUAGUAACCUUCCUAUUUAGUAAGAAAUGAUGAACACUGAUGAUGGCUUCUAGCUGAAACACGUUUGUGUUUUGCCCACAUUAAAUAAGAUAACUUAUCUGUGAGUGACGUCGUUUUUAGUUUUCUUUGAUCCUGUCACUGCUGUGGACUCGGUACAGUGUCUAAGAUUUGGCGCCUUGCUGGCCACUUUUCAUUAUAUAUCUUUUAUAAUUCAAACAAGACUAGGCUACAAGUUUUCAUUUUUUGAUUUUCUUUUACUGCUGGUAGCCAUUUGCUGCUCGUGAUCUGACUAUAGUCCUGAAGCAUAUGGAUAGGAUAUGUUACAUGUGCGAUUUUUGUCAGAUGUAGGCUAUUCUAUGUCAUGCAGUAUGUCAUUUAGAUGCCUUCUCUGCUGUUUGGGUUCAUGAUUAGUUGCCACUUUGUGCAAUAAAAUGGUUAAUUUUAAAACAGUGCUGUGCAAAGCCAAUGCUGCUGGUUCUGCCGGUGCAAAUAUAUUUUAGCCUGAAAAGGUUCAAAUCAACAGGUUUUUAUCUAUAUUGUUGUGUACAAACUUUUUAGACUGAGUUUUGUUGGUUGAGCAUGUUGGAGACAGUACUGUUAUUGCCGUUGUAAUGCAGUAUGUUGGAAGGUAAAAUCGUUGCUGUUUUUUUCAGAUUGUCCUUUUUGCUCCUUCUACGUCUUUUAGGCCCACUCACUUUUGUACUGGCCCGCCCAAAAUACUAUUUCUGCCUACGCCACUGCGUCAGACAUUGAAGUGUGUAGUCUUUCUAAUUGCUUAUUUUCACAGUCUUAUACUUAAACAGUUUAACAAUAAACAGAGACUUUCUUCGGUUGAAAAAUAAUGUUUUAAAUUGACGAACAUCAUAUUUGUCCAUGGCUCAAUUCAAACGGGAUCAAAAAAUAAUUGUUAUCUCUCCAUUGACUCUCGUUCAUAUUUUUUCAGAAUGAAGGUCCCAUGGACUGGAAGUAGAAGGGCGUGACUUCGGCUCUCUAUAGAGAAAUUCUGAAAGAAUGUUAUGUCGCUGUAGAGACUCCGGACACAACUGCCGUCCAUACCUAUGAUACUUUUUUUGCUUUUAAUGUUGCAUAAGAUAUUUGAAGAUAUUUUCUAAAGACAAGAUGGAACAAAACAGAAGUAAAUGCACUUUUGGAAUGACAAAUUGUACAUUACAAUGCAAAAAAAACAAGACCAAACAUUCCAGAUAUAUUUUUGUACAUUGAGUUAAAUUUUAUUAAAUGAGAACUAUUGUUUGUGCCUUGUCUCAUGCUGUUUCCUUCAAAAAAGGCAGACUGUGACAAUUAUGCCAUGUCAGAAGUAAUAAAAAAGGGGAACAAGAAACGAAGUAAGAACAAAUAAAAUUAAUUAUUCAAGAUUUA